UGGGCACACAGGCGACACAGUGCGCCAGUGGUGUCACCGCGAGCAGGCAGGAUGUGGUGUCGCGUGCUGUUGCUGACUGCGCUCUGCGCCUCGCAGGCGCUCGGCUACGGCUACAAGACCUACUGGUACACCACACAGGUGGACCACUUCAGCUUCGCCAACAAUGACGUCUUCGAGAUGAAGUACCUGGUGAACGACACAUGGUGGAACGGCAACGGUGGGCCUAUCUUCUUCUACGCCGGCAACGAGGGCGACAUCGAGCUCUUCUUGGAGAACACCGGCUUCAUGUUCGACAUCGCCCCGGAGUUUUCUGCGCUGAUCGUGUUCGCCGAGCACCGUUACUACGGCCAGUCGCUGCCGUACCCGAACUCGUCCCUGAGCGACCCGAGCAAGGCCGGCUACCUGACCUCGGAGCAGGCGCUGGCCGACUACGCCGACCUGCUGACGUACAUGCGGGCCACGCUGCCGGGCGCUGGGGACAGCCCGGUGAUCGCCUUCGGAGGCUCCUACGGCGGCAUGCUGGCCGCUUGGUUCCGCGUCAAAUACCCGCACGUCGUUCAGGGGGCGAUCGCGUCUUCGGCCCCGAUCCUGCAGUUUACGGACAUCACUCCGUGCCAGGCCUUCAGCAAGGUAGUCACCCAGACGUUCGCCAAGGACAGCGAGGAGUGCCCGCGUGUCAUCAGGAAGUCCUGGGACGCUAUCGACCGGCUCUUCGAGACACAGGAGGGUCUGGACUGGCUCAGCUCGGCCUGGAGGCUCUGUAAGCCGCUGAACGGCUCGGAGCUGGCCGACUUCCGUAUGUGGCUCUCCGACAUGUACAGCAACUACGCCAUGAUCGACUACCCGUACCCGGCCAACUUCCUCUCGCCGCUGCCCGCAUUCCCCGUCAAGGUGGCCUGCUCCUACCUGCACGACGACCACGGCGAUGACGACAAGUCGCUGCUGACCAACCUCUACGACAUCAUCAACCUCUACUUCAACUCGACCGGCGGCGUGGACUGUAUCGACUCGUCCAGCCAGGGCACUGACUCACUCGGAGACGACGGAUGGUACUUCCAGGCCUGCACGGAGAUGAUCAUGCCCAUGUGCAACGACGGCAUCAACGACAUGUUCUACCCGUCUCCGUGGAAUCUCACCGAGUAUACGGCCGACUGCAAGCGCAAGUACGGCGCUCCGUCCCGCCCGCUGAUGGCCCCGCUCAUCUACGGAGGCAUCAACCUCACUGCCAGCAGCAACAUCGUCUUCGCCAACGGCCUGCUCGACCCGUGGUCUUCGGGCGGAGUGAUGCGCUCGCUGUCCGAUACACUCGUCUCGGUCAUCAUUCCCAACGGCGCUCACCACCUGGACCUGCGGGCGUCGGACCCGGCCGACCCUCCCGAUGUCAUCGAAGCCCGCCGCGUGGAGCGCGACUUCAUCGGCGUCUGGAUCGCUCAGUACACAAAGACGGCUGACAACAACCAGUUCAACGCCGCCAAACGUCAUUGGUAGGCGGUGGCAUCGACAGCAGCCAGCCACGGCGCACAGAGUCAGGAGUGCCUGUUCAUCAGUUAGAAAAAGACAAAGUGAUUGAAUGUAUGCCAUAUGAAAUUGUCAAAUAAAUGAAGUCUCGUAAUUACGAAG